AAAUUACUGUACGUUGACACGACUUCCAAAGCUAGCAAGUUAGACAUCUAUUUUCCAUAUUGUACCGUACUUUGCCGUACAUUUUAGACAUUUAACAAAAAAGUUCCAAAGCAGAAACUGCCUGAAUGGCCGAUGAAAGAAAUUUUCGGAGCUACUACUAUGAAAAAGUCGGAUUCCGUGCAGUAGAAGAGAAAAAAUCAAUUGAAUUACUCCUGAAAGACAAACCACUUGAUGUUGAAAAGCUAAGGCAGUACUGUCUACGUUUUCCAGUGUCUGCUCGAUAUAGGGUCUAUCUGUGGAAAAUCAUUCUAGGUAUUUUACCAGCCAAUCAAGACUCACAUGAUUUUGUUUUGAAGAAUAGAACAGAACAGUACAACCAUCUACGUCAUGCCCUUGAUGUAAUGAGAAAAGUGGACAACACAACACCGCAUACUGUUAUCUUCCUUAAAAUGUUUCUAAUUGAAGAAGGACUGCUUCCAUUCAAUGAUAAUGACUUGCUUUCCAACCCAGAAUAUGAAGCAUAUGUACACAUAGCAAAGGCAAUAUUAGGUAUGGUAGAAAACCAGGUUGAUGCGUACUGGAUUACAAAUAGAUUCUACAGAACGUUCAGGAAAAAUUACAAGGAGUGUAUUCCAAUACUGGUAGAGAAGGUGAAAGCAUCGCUGAAGAAGGAAGAUGGAAACCAGAAAUUGAUAGCUCACUUUGACAAGCAUGAUAUGUGGAAAGCAUUACCUCUUAAAGAAUGGUUAAAUUGUGGAUUUGCUUCUAUUUUACCUGAGUCAUCUUUUGAAAGGAUUGGAGAUAUACUGCUUGGUGGUUCGGUAAUGAUUUUGAUCUAUAUUGCCGUGGCAUUGUUUGUUACUCUAAGACGACCUCUGCUCAGUAUGAAAUCACAAGAAGAAAUGCUUAAAUAUCUGGCACAGAUACCAGAGGACAGUGGAGAUGUUCUAGUUAGUAAAGCAAUAGACAUGUGGGAAAAACACGGACAUCAUCUUACAAAAUCUGACUCUCCGGGACCUGGAAAUAAAUCACCAACAAUAUUACACAGUUUUACCUUAUGAUAAUGUAGAACUUUAUGCUGUUUGAUAACACAGUUUUGCCAUGUUUCAGGCAGGUUCAUCAUGUGAUAACACAGAUUUAUUAUGUGAUAAGGCAGUUUCACCAUGUUAUAAGAUAGCUGUGCAAUAUGCUGAUAUAGAUGUCAUGUAACAAGACAGGUUCAGCAUGUGAUAAGAGUGUUACGAUGUGAUAGUGCAGGUUUGUCAUAUGCUUGGGCACUUGUAUUCUACCCUUUACCAUGCAGACACACAGUUUUGCUAUGUAUAUGAUGGCACAAUUAACCUGUGUAGUUGAUUAGUUUUGCAGCUCUGUAAGAUCGUUUUAUCAUGUGAUCAAACGUAUUUCAUGUGGAAAGUCAAUUUCACCAUGUUUUAUAAUUUCACCCUGAGUUAUCCAAGUUUAUCAUGUGUGGAGGGACUUCUAGCGAAUUGAAACACAUGUCUACUACAUUUGCACUAAGUAUAAUGUGAUAAGAAACUUCAACCAUGUUGAACCAUAUUUCUAGCAUGUUAUCAUGUAGUUUUACCUUGUGGUAAGUCAGCUGUACUAAGUGAUGAGAACUUUUCAGUCAUUGAGUUGUAGAUUGCAAGUCAGUGUAUGACUUCUGGGAUUCCACAAAAAUAUUUCUAGACAAACAGGAAGGAUAUUUGGAGCAUGUUUCAAGAAACAGGGUCUACAUGAAAACACAUUUGUGCAUCUUGAGAGAGAUGUGAUGCAGGAGGGAGCUGCUACUGGAAUGAAGAUAAAGUUGUUGAAUCGAAACUUAAAACAUUGUUAGCAGAUCCUAAAUAGUCUCCAAAUUGUAGUCUCCAAAAUCUAAUUCAAAUAUUAAGAAGCAGAUUUCAGUCUAGUCAAGAUCUUUUGGAGAAGAUGAAAAUACUUAAGUUAGUGUAUUGAUAACAAAGGAAAAAUAAAUAAUAUAAAAACACA